ACCACCUUUUCCCUCCGUUGGAUCCAAACUCCCCGCCAGCCACUGAAUCUGCCUUCCCCUCUCCCCUUCUUGCACCCGUCAGAGAGAGAGAGAGAGGGAGAGAGAUUAUAAUAAUAAACGAGAGGCUGUCUUUGAGACCAGUCCACAUUCAAUUUUUCGUUCCAAUAAAAGGAAGGAAGAGAGACAUUCUUCUCUCCAGACUCGUCUCUCUGCCCUGUUUUUGUUAUCCUUUAAGCUUCGUACCGUAGCAGAAGGGUUUAGGGGGGAAAGCUCCGUUCAAUGGCGAGCUGGGUUCUAUCAGCAAGCGGCUUAAAGCCUCUGCCCUCAGCCUUCCCCAGGCCCGGAGUCGGAGCCGUCUACCGAGACAGCCUCUCCAAGCCGAGAUUUCUGAGGCCCGCUGCCACCGGCUCGGAUCUGAACAUUAGAUUCUCUUCUACCCGUUCUUCUUCAAGGAAGAGAGCGAGUGUGCCCUUUCAGGUUGCUUCAGUGGAAGAAGAAGAAGAACCCAAUUUCAACGAUGCGAUUGGAGAAGCAGAGCCGCCGGCAGGUUUUGACCCAGGAGCGCCGCCGCCCUUCAAUUUGGCCGAUAUUCGAGCCGCCAUACCCAAGCAUUGCUGGGUUAAGGAUCCGUGGAAGUCGAUGAGUUACGUAGCCAGGGAUGUCGCCGUGGUUUUCGGAUUGGCUGCCGCCGCGGCUUAUCUCAACAAUUGGAUUGUUUGGCCCCUGUAUUGGGCAGCUCAGGGGACCAUGUUUUGGGCUCUUUUUGUUCUUGGUCAUGACUGCGGCCAUGGCAGCUUUUCAAGCAAUCAUAAGCUCAACAGUGUGGCUGGACACAUUCUUCAUUCUUCAAUUCUAGUGCCUUAUCAUGGAUGGAGAAUCAGCCAUAGGACUCACCAUCAAAACCAUGGCCACGUUGAGAACGACGAAUCAUGGCAUCCUUUGUCUGAAAAGAUAUUCCGGCAAUUGGAUUCUGCAACUCGAACUCUGAGGUUCACAUUGCCUUUCCCCAUGCUUGCAUAUCCUUUCUAUCUGAAUUCAAUUUGCAAGUUGCAGAACCAGCCAAAGUCAGAGAUUUUCUCUUUGUUUCCUUGCAAAAUUCAGUGGAGUAGAAGCCCUGGAAAGUCAGGCUCUCACUUCGACCCAAACAGUGAUUUGUUCGUGGCGAGCGAGCGGAAAGAUGUGAUCACUUCAACCGUGUGUUGGACGGCCAUGGCUGCGUUGCUUGUGGGAUUGACAUUUGUAAUGGGUCCUAUGCAAAUGCUUAAGCUCUACGGAAUUCCUUAUUGGGGCUUUGUUAUGUGGCUAGAUUUUGUAACUUACUUGCAUCACCACGGCCAUGAUGACAAGCUUCCUUGGUACCGUGGCAAGGAAUGGAGUUACUUGAGGGGAGGAUUAACCACGCUUGAUAGAGACUAUGGAUGGAUCAAUAACAUCCACCACGAUAUUGGAACCCAUGUUAUUCACCAUCUCUUCCCACAAAUCCCCCACUACCACUUGAUCGAAGCAACGGAAGCUGCUAAGCCGGUGCUCGGGAAGUACUACCGGGAACCUGAAAAAUCAUGGCCACUUCCCUUUCACCUCAUCGGAAACUUGAUAAAGAGCAUGAAGAAAGACCAUUAUGUUAGUGACACGGGUGAUGUUGUUUACUAUCAAACUGAUCCCAAUCUCCAAUGACCUAUCGUAAUCACCAUCACCAGAGUAACUAAUCAUGCGUUCUUCCAAUGGACGAAAGUAUGGCUAUCAAUGGGGAAAAAAGGAAGCUUUAGCUUUUGGUUGUCCUUGGCUAACUGAGAGAAACUCCUUGGUUGUACUUCUGUUAUUGCAAUUGGCAAGACAGACGUUCUCCACCACCCAUGGCUUGUAGUUGUACUGUCAUAAGUAGAAUUUGGAGCAGCCAGUUGUAUUCUUUAGAAAUUAGAAGAUGAGAAAAUGUGUUUCUGUAGUAUGGGAAAUCAAAAGGGUAUAAGAAAUGUGUAAAAUUUUGGGUGGGAAGGGAAGUAAUAGUUUCAAUUCAAUGAUUAAAUCCUGUGGAGCCAUACGAUUCUCCUCUAUAUUUGUUUCUCUUUCUCCUUUAUAACUUUACUGGUAAAAGUCGUCUUGCUAUCGCUUCGUGUAUCACAAAUAUAAAUAUUUUAAAAA